CUUUACGGCGAUGCCUCCAAGGACCACAUGUUCGGCUCGGAUUUCUCACAAUGCUGCCUUCACGGCACACGUUGAUGCUUUAUUUUUUUGCCACGAUGGUAGUUUGAUUUAUUUAGUGCACGUAUGAUGAACAUCGAAGUCAUGAUGAAUUUUUUUAUUAUAAAUAAAAUAUGCGUAUGGUGAGGCAGCCCAGUAGGGGCGCUACAGUACAGAGGGCGCCAUUUAUGCCAGCCAGAUCAACGCAAAAACAACAGCGGCCCUCCCCUCCCGCUUCUCCGCCUGGAAAGAUGGCUGCUCCGGCGGUGGUGAGAAGCUCCGAGCCGGCGCUGUGCCCGAGCUUCGCGGAGGUCUGCUCGUUUCUGGAGCGCUACGGAGCGGCCCUCGACCUGCCCGAGAUGACUUUCCCGCAGAUGGAGGGCUACCUGCGCGACAAGACGACAGUUCCCAAACCUCUCGUAGAACUCCACGUGAAGCUGCUCCGAAAGCUUGGGAAGAGUGUUACAACUGACCGCUGGGAAAAAUACCUGACCAAGAUGUGCCAGGAACUGAACAGUGCCUGGGCGUGGGAGCUGGAACAGAACGGUUACCAGGAUAUGUCCAUGGAGUGCAAGUCCGGCAUCCUCAAAUAUCUGUGUGAGUGUCAGUUUGAUGACAACCUCAAGUUUAAGAUGGCCAUCAACGAGGAGGAGCCGGAGAAGAUGCGUCUGCAGCCAAUCGGGCGGGACCGACAGGGCCUGAUGUACUGGCUUCAGCUGGACCAGGACCAGAACAUCAGGUUGUACACGGAGGAGCAGGACGACCAGGACGGGUCCACCUGGAGGUGCAUCGUCAGGACCCGCAAUGACCUGGCUGAUGCUCUGGACCUCCUGAAGGGCCAAGUUCCAAACCAGAACCAGGAGGGAUCUGGGAGCAGCAGCCCUGCUCAGAGAGAAGCAGUUGACGAGGUCAGCAAACUCGACAAAUCCACAGAGGACGUUGCUGAUGGCAUGAAGGUUGAGAAUGAAGAAAAAACCCUACAACAAGUGGAAAAUCAGGAGACCAUCAAACAGGAAGUGAAAGAAGAGCAAGCCGAUGACAAACCUCCUCUUUUUGAUAACCACGUGAGCACCAUCACCUCCCUCAUCAAGCCAGAGAGCAGGGACGUCGAUGCCCGCAAAAGCGCCGUCUCUGUCGUCAUGGCGACGGGCACGGCGGCAUCAAAACAGGAAGUGAACAAGGAGGAGGAGGCCGAGCGGGCGGUCGUCAGGAGCAACCAGCAGGCUAAGAUACCACUGAAGAAGAGGGAGCUGAAGCUGGCGGAAAGCUACCACGGCAACCACCUCAACAACAAGAGCAGCAGCAGUAUCAUCGUGUGCAACCCCUCCGUCAUCCACAGCAAGGACGUCUCAUUAGCGCCCCCAAGUGCCUCCGCAGCGUCGCAGCAACACGCAGAGUCUGUCUUGAAACCAGAGCUGACCAACGGGAGGUCCUCAGUCCUGUCGCCCAACAAAGAGGGACAAAACGGGGCUUUGGGCAUCAUAGGCCAAGUCGGGGUCAUAGGUCAUGUCGGGGUAAUCCGCGGCCCACCUGAGCGUGUUAAAACACCCUGCGGUGGACCAGAAGACGAGAACGGCUGCAAAGCUGUGGAGGAAGACCGGGAGGUGAGCCGGCAGUCCGUGCUGGUGAGAAAUGCCCCUGUCGCCAUGGAGACGGCAUCAAAAGAGGAGGACAAAGAAAGUGAGGAGGACACUGGCGCGGGAUCACGAGGACUUCUUGUCGAAGAGGAAGGACGCAAAGACGGCCCAGAGAAAGACUUAGGCUGCGCCCCGUCUGUCAAAGAACCCCGAGGGGAGAAGGAGGGUUUAAAUGGUGGCCUGGUGGCUCAGGCUAGUGAGAAGGACACUGGACAAGGGUCUGAGCACAAGCCGCGCCCACUCGAGGAAGCCUCCUCGGAGCUCCAGAAAGAAGGAAUCAGGUUGAAGAUUAAGAUCCCUCCUCAUCGCAGAAACAAGCUGCGGGCAAAAGAGGUACAGAAGGAGGUCUCAGAGGGCGGGAGGUCGCUCAGGAGGUCUGCGAGGAUUGGCAGGCCCAGCUCCAAGGCCACUGACGGUCAGAAAAAGAAACGGAAGCCAGCCACAAAAGAAGAAGAGGAGGGUGAGGAAGAAGAGGACGCAGAAGACGAGGAGGAGCAGAGUUUGGCGACCGCAAAAGACAAAAAAGCUCAAGCUGUUGUCCAAACCAGGAAGCGAAGGGGCAAACGGAGACACGGACGCCCUCGAUGGACCAACAUCCGCACCAAAAGACGCAAGCCGAACGAGGCGGAGGAGGUUGUGGACAAAGAGGAGGAGGCCAGCGACCAAGGUAGCCACUCGGAGGAGUCCUGUCAAUCAGAGGAGCUUCCCAAGGAGGACGCCUGCUCUCACUGCGGCCUUCCCAACCACCCGGAACUGAUCCUGCUGUGCGACUCAUGUGACAGUGGAUAUCACACCGCCUGCCUGCGCCCGCCACUCAUGCUCAUCCCUGAUGGCGAGUGGUUCUGUCCUCCCUGCCAACAUAAGCUUCUGUGUGAGAGGCUGGAGGAGCAGCUGCUGAACCUUGACAGCGUUCUGAAGAAGCGGGAGCGAGCCGAGCGGAGGAGGGAGAGGCUGGUGUACGUCGGAAUCAGUGUGGAGAACAUCAUUCCUGGGCAGGAGGAAGAGGAGGAAGAGGAAAAGUCCACAAAGAAGAAAGAUACCAAGAAGAGUAAAAAUCUGGGGAGGAGAUCAACCAGAACCAGGAAGCACAUCAGCUACAGAUUUGACGACUUUGAUGACGCCAUUGAUGAGGCUAUAGAGGAGGACACAGGGGACGGUAAAACAGGGGGAGGCAGAAACGUCACGGCCCUCCUGUCCCAGGACGGAAGGUUGAGUCGCCGUGGGCCAAUCACAGCCCAGACGCUCUCUGCCAGGACCAGGAAGAAGCGGCGUCUGAACGACCUGGAGAGUGACAGCACGGCGGCGGAAAGCGAGGACGAGUUCACGCUCAGCAACAGCUCGGAGGAGGAGGAGUUUGCAGGAUCCGGCGCUGACGAUGACGACGAGGAAGAUGAGGAUGCAGGCAGCUGGGGAAGUGGGUCCCGCCCCAAACGGGCGGCGAGAACGGUGUCGAAGCACAGACCCGGCAAGACCAAAGGCAAAGCCGGGAGACGACUAGGGCGGGGGCGACGGAGACGCUCCUCUGAGGAAGAAGAGGUCGCCAGCGAUGAAGAGCUGGACUCUGACCAGUACAGCGACAUGUCGGACCCGGACCAGAAGAGGGGGGGACUGAGGCGGGGCCACCGCCAGCAGGUCAACUACAGAGAGACUUCAGAGUCGUCGGACAAUUCCCGCACUUCUGCCAAACGGGACAAAGUGAAAAAACGCGGCCGACCACGCAAGGAACGUCUCUCCAGUGACUACAGCGGUGUGUCGCCAUCCUCACGGGACUCGGAAGAGGAAGACGGCGACCAAGGCGGUCGGCGAAAGAGAGAGAAGAGAAGCAGAGUAGAGGAGGAAGACGUCUGCGCUCGCAGGUCCAAAGCAAAGCGGAGACGACGCCAAGACGAGGAGGACGACGACCAGGCGAGAAGAAGGCGGCGUCAAAGGAAGUCUUCAGAAAAGGAGGACGACGAAGACGAGCGGAGGAGAUUGCGGAGAACAGCCGGAGAGGAGGAAGACCCGGAGAAGAUGGGCAGAGGAAAGAGGAGGGCGAUGUUGUCCCAGCAGCGCCGCAAGCGUCUCGCUCAGAUGCUGAAGAAACGCAGACCUUCCACGGAUGAAGACGACGACGACGAGUCCCAGGAAUCCUCUUCCUCCUCCGAGGGGGACCGCCCCGUGCGCAAAAGACUCAACCGCAUUGACUCUGAUGAGGAGGAGGAGGAGGAGGACGGGUCGGAGGAGUCUGAGCAGGAGAUGGAGAAGCCAGCGGUAGGAGCACAAGAUGAGAGCGACGCUCAGGACGAGGGGCAGGGCCAAAGCCUGCCUCCGUCGAACAGACAACGGACGCCCAAAGGCCCGACCAAGCCUGGGAGCACAGGUGCUGCCUCGCCCAGAGACGGUGUGUUUGGGCAGGACAAACACAACGGCCCCUCACACACGGAGGAGGAAGAGGAGGCCCAGUCAGACUCCAUAAACUCUGUCCACAACAGUCCACCGUCGUGAUGGACCCCCUUUUUCUCCCUCGCUUUUACUUAGGAACUUUCUGGACUUUUCUCACCAUCGGCUGUCAUCACACCCGUAACACCAAUGCACAAGUAGCGGCAUGCUGACCAUAUAAGGACGCUAGAUGGUCACAUGAUCAUUCACACGUUCUAAAAGCCUCGUGGGCCUUCUCACUUGACUUCUUCUGACGGUCACGUGACCUCAACACUUCUCUGUUAGCGGGAAGCGUCCGGCGACCUUUGAACUGAGUCUCAGCAGGUUGUCGGCUGUACAUAUUUGGUCGUGCGCCCUUCUUGUAAAAUAAUAGAUGUUUAGUCUGUUUUAGUCUUCUUGUAAGAUACACUCUUCUAUUUUCUCUAUGAAGGAGAGGAGCUCAGCCGCCAUGUUUGAGAUUCCGCCACGGCUGCUGUCAAGGCAGAUCAGCCAACAAAAGAAACUUUUAUUCAAGCCAGCAGGGGGCGGCAUUCUCAGAGAGAUUCAGAAACGCUCGUUUCCUUGGCGUUUGCUGGAAAAAGCCGCCUGAGGGCGUGUCCUCCAGGGAGGCGGGGCCAAGCCGCUGUUUCCCAAACGACUCAAAUUGACCUUUUAUAAAUGUACCGUUAUAAGAAAAUGCCUUUUCUUUGACGCAGUUGUAUAUGUUGAUUUAGCGGAAAUAUUAAUCUUUAUAAAUGUAAGCAAUAAAUGUGUUUAAAGAAAGAUGUCCCUUUUGAAGUAAAAAUGUAUUCAUCACAAAGUUAGUGAUUAUAUUUAAUACAGAAAACAAUUUGGAACAUUGGUUCUUUUUAAGUGCUGAGUUGAGCUCUAAAAAUAAGUUACCAGCAGGAUUAAUGCAAAUUAUAUAUAUUCAAACUAAUUAUUCAGAGUUCCCACAGGAUAGCCUGGUCGUAUUUGAAUAAACCUUCACUUUGUCCUUAAAGUGUUUUUACUGCAGUUUGGCGUGUGGAUGAAGUGGAUGUGCUCCCAUCACCAAGUGGUUCUCUUUCCAAGUGCAACUUAUCAAGAUUGAAGCGAACUCAAGUGGACGUGACUCUGUUAUUGUUACUGUACUGUCACUGUCUCCUAAAUGUUGUCUAAGUUAUUAAAAACCAGCACUGCGAGCAUCUCUUCCAAAUGCUGUCUCUU